CUUUGCACAUUUCCUAAUUUGGAUUUACCGGGAAACUCAUUUCCUGAGGCUGGAGAGGGAGCGCGGGUUGGAGAGAGGCGGCGGGAUCCGAGGGAGGGAGGGAGUGACAGACAGACGGAGGUACCGGCCGGGAAGAGCGGUGGCCGGCGCGAAGGACGAUGCCCGGCGCUGGCAAGGAGCCCCAGCGGUCGCCGCCGCCCCUCCACCAGCACCACUACCACCACCAACACCACCAGCAGCAGCAGCAACAGCAGCAACAACAACACAGGGGCAUGCUGAAGUGUGUGGUGGUCGGGGACGGCGCCGUGGGCAAGACCUGCCUGCUCAUGAGUUAUGCCAAUGAUGCCUUCCCCGAGGAAUAUGUACCCACCGUCUUCGACCACUAUGCAGUAACCAUCACCGUUGGAGGAAAGCAGCAUUUGCUUGGUCUAUAUGAUACUGCUGGACAGGAGGACUAUAAUCAACUGCGACCUUUCUCCUAUCCAAACACUGAUGUGUUUUUGAUCUGUUUCUCUGUGGUAAAUCCAGCAUCUUACCACAACGUUCAAGAGGAAUGGGUGCCUGAGCUUAAAGCAUGUAUGCCACAUGUGCCUUAUGUAUUGAUUGGAACUCAGAUUGAUCUAAGAGAUGAUCCCAAAACAUUGGCCCGAUUAAUUCAUAUGAAGGAAAAACCUAUCACAUAUGAACAAGGUGUGAAGCUCGCAAAAGAGAUUGGAGCACAGUGUUAUUUGGAAUGCUCUGCACUCACGCAAAAAGGCUUAAAAGUAGUUUUUGACGAAGCAAUUUUGACAGUUUUCCACCCAAAAAAGAGGAAAAGAGGUUGUGCAAAGUGCCGUGUGUGUUGUGCAAUUAUCUGACGGAGUACAAGAGGGCAAAAUAACUUUUAAUACAAGAAGGCAAGUUCUGGGUGACUAACAAGAACGAGGCUGAUUGUUCAAACAGACAGCAUUUCACAUGAAAGUUUUUUGGGGAAAAGGAAAGCAUUCAUUUCCUUGUUCCUCGGUGUGAUGAAGAGAUGGAGAAUGCGUCCAAUAGGAACGGCUGCCAUAGUGGACUAACAAAGUAUCAAACCUCAACAGAAGUCAUAUUAGUUUACUGAUAACUGUCAUUCACUUUUCAAGUUGCCAGGGGUGUAUCUUUUCUCAAGCCUGGCUGGAAAGUGCUGAGCCAUUGUU